AUGAAGAAAUCGAUAAAUACCUACGUGGAUCCACUUUUCCGUCACGUCGAAUUGUACGUGCCAAGAAAGUGUUCUGCUUCUAACAGAAUCAUCAAGGCCAAGGACCACGCUUCUGUCCAGAUCAACAUCGCUAACGUCGAUGAGGAGGGUAGAGCUAUUGCUGGUAGCAACACCACUUACGCUUUGUCCGGUUACAUCAGAGCUAGAGGUGAGGCUGACGACUCCUUGAACAGAUUGGCUCAGCAGGAUGGUUUGUUGAAGAACGUCUGGUCUUACUCCCGUUAA